AUGCGCAUCGAUUGGCGACUGCUGGCCGCCCUCUGUGUCGCAGGUGCCGUACGGCCGAGCAGCGAGAAUUCGCCCGGGGCGGGCAGCGUGGCCCUCGCGAGGGCCGAGCCCAAGGUGCCCGAGGCGCCCGAGGCGUCGGGGCCGCAAGCGGGCCAAUGGCAGGAAAGGAAGAAAGAGCUCAAGUUGGUGGCUCGCUUCUGGGCAGUGCUUGCUGCCCUUGCAGCGGGAGGCUAUGGAGUCUUCUUCCUGCUGAAGAGGGAUGAGCGCUCCAUGGACGCGAGCAAGCUGUUGAAGAUGGUUGCCCUGAAGCUCUACAAGGACAAGGUCUUUACACAGAUGUCCUGGACUGCUUGCCUGUUUGGCCUCGCUGAUCUGCUCGCGCAGCGCGUGCCAUCCUACCACGAGAAGUCCAAUCUGCAAGAUGGGUACAAGAUCGGUGGCUGGGACUGGCGGUACACGCUCGCCAUCGUGUCCUGUGCAUGCCUCUUCCAGGUGGCAAUCCUCGGCCGCUUCUACGAGCACUGUGAUCUGCGUUUCGGGACUGCCACGACGUGGCAAGCGGCCUUGCUUAAGGCCCUGAAGAUGCAGGCAGCCUUCACCUUCGGAUACUUGCCCCUCGGGGUUUUCCUUUAUGCCUUGUCCAUCUGUUUCGUGUUCCGGAGCUUUGCAGACUCGACUGACAACUGCGGUCCGUCCGCAGUGGCCGGGCUUCCCUGGAACCUGGGGAGCAGCAUCGGCCAGGCCGUGGAGUUGUGGCCAGGAGACUAUCUGCAUUCUGCGGUGUUCUGGCCGCCAAGCCAGGCAGUGAACUACGUGCUGAUUCAUCGCUGGUCCCCAAACUUUCGUCCGAUCUUUGACGGUGUGAUUGUGCUGUUCUGGAACAUCUUCGUUCUGGCGGGUGGGGCGGAGCGAGAGGCCGUCGGCCCAACGCUCUUCGGCCCUGCGCCGGGGCCCACAGACAAGGUGCCUCCUUCGGUCGACUGCUCCAAGCACUCCUUCGGCGAGAUGGGGCGAUGGCUCGGUCAGAAACUCUGUGAGUUGGCUGAAGCAACCAAGCAAGGCCUGAUCCGCUGCUGGGAGAACAUCAGUUGGGCCUUGCAAAACGGCUGGAAAUGGUUCAAGCAUGGCUUCAACUGCACCCGACAACGGCUGUGUGCCUCCGUCGUGGUUCUGUUCUGCUUCCUCCGCUGGUUCGUUGUGGCAGUGUUCUACUACCUUGGCUACUGCAUCAUGGUUCUCCUGACCAUGGCGCGGGUAGGUUUGUACUGGACUUUUGCGAUCAUCAAGGGAACCGUCAUGCUCUUUCUGGCGAUUGCAGACUUCUGCAAGAACUGUAUGUUCAUGUGGUUCAUCCCUGACGUCUCCAGUAUUGGAAAGGGAUGCUUCUACUGUGUGUUCUGGCCGAAGAAGGGCCAGUGGCCAAAGGAGGCCGGCUCGGAAGAAAGGUGCCCUGCUGGUGGGUGGAGGCGGAUCUCCGGAGCUGCCUGUGACCUGGACCCGAGCAUAGGUGUGAGGGAGCGGAAGUCCUUCAGCGACUGCGCAGUGCUGCUGGUGGAUGUUUGUAACGCUGACAGCUUUGAUGCCGCGAGACUACGAGGCCAGUGGGCCAUGGCUGCUGGCCUUCGCUGCGUGACUGUACUGAGCUUCUCCGGACCAUGUCAGGGGAAAGCCUUCCCGUCCCCGCUCCGUUCCCGGCUCGUGCAGCAGGAGAGACUUGAUUGGCUCUCAGACGAGAUGAGCCUGGUGAAGCCUUCCCACUUCGACUGCACACUGGAGGCGAUUGGAUCUGGGAGCCCUCAGUUCCAGCUCGAGCUCUUCUUGAAAGUGCUCACGCUGCGGCUGCUGUGGCUGAACCUGGCUCCGAUAGAGGCAAGCGGAUCGCAAGCCAAGGCACCUGCGAGCCUCUCCACGCCAUCGUCACGCCGCUGGACCGGCCCCGCGCUGAGUUCGCGCUCGGACUCCGUCCCGGCGCGCCGCCAGCCGCGGCAAGGUGCAAGUCCAGGUCCACCGCGAUGUGCUCACAUCUUGCCGGCCCGGUACAUGCCUGGAAUUCGGACUGCUCCCGAUGGACCUCCCCGAGGUCGCACGUGGUGGGGAUCCGAGCCCAGGAGUGUGUCUCCACGACGGCCCUCACCGCCCGUGCAGUGGAGUUCACGCCAAGCUGGCCGCAAUCGUAGCCCCCUUCAAAUCCGGCGCCGGUCCGAAUCCGCUGGGCGUUCGGAGCCUCACGAGACGAUGGCCAGUGAGGGCGAGGACGUGCGGAGCAGCGAUGGCAACCCGGCCUCCUUGGCUGCGGCCGAAGCCAAGCGCCUCGUCGCCGCAGGGCCCGGGCCGCCGGCCCCGGGACCCUUCCGUCGGCCUCAGCAAGAACAAGAGCGUCGAAAGUCCGUGGAGUUGUCCGGGACCACUAGCAACGGAGCGCAUCCGGAGGAGGAUGCCCCGCUGGAGACGGUCAUCAACCUGAGCACCUUAGCGGAGCGGUCUCGUGAGGCGGGGCCUUCCAGAUCGGCCGCGGGCCAGGCAGACGGCCAGGCUGUGCUUUCGGCCGUUCUGAGCCGCUGCAGGAGAGCCCGCCUUCGAAGCGUUCAUGCGUGUUCAAGGUAG